AGGAUAGAUGCGCCACGGCUUCGGUAGCGACAGCAGUGUUUGUCGGCCUUGAGCCUCGUCAGCCCCUCCUUCAGGAGACCGUUGCAGCCCCUGCCCCUCAGUAACCAUGUGUGACCGGAAGGCCGUGAUCAAAAACGCCAACACGUCUGAGGAGAUACAACAGGACUCGGUGGAGUGUGCUACUCAGGCGCUGGAGAAAUACAACAUAGAGAAGGACAUUGCAGCCCACAUCAAGAAGGAAUUUGACAAGAAGUACAACCCCACCUGGCACUGCAUUGUGGGGAGGAACUUCGGUAGCUAUGUGACACAUGAAACUAAACACUUCAUCUACUUCUACCUGGGCCAGGUGGUCAUUCUUCUGUUCAAAUCUGGUUAAAAGCAUGGACUGUGCCACACACCCAGUGAUCCAUCCAAAAACAAGGACUGCAGCCUAAAUUCCAAAUACCAGAGACUGAAAUCUUCAGCCUUGCCUAAGGGAACACCUCAACUUUGAACCUUUAUUGUGUUGUUUUAAGAAGGGGUUCUCUGUACUGAUUUGUUGUGGUCAUAAAACAAUUAGCAAAACAGCCGACAUCUGUAUUUAUUUUCUAUUCCAUUACCUCUCUGCUUCAUGUUUUUCCUUCUCAAAAUCCAUUCCUUUAAAAAUAAUAAUAAAUGUGUUGGAGAA